CACAACCUCUCAGCAUCUACUUAGCACCAUGUCGACUAAAACCACUUUUGAAGACCUCGCCAAACUCGGCUGGUAUAAGCAGCAGAUCUUUGGACGUGCCAAUGCCAAACGCGGCGGUACCAUGGGGUCCGCCGACCACCUCCAUCUCAACGAUAGUUUCGCCGAUAAAUGGUCAUGGCAUUGCUACAAUACAACUUUUGGUGACCUUCACAAAAUCGGUGAACGCCCCCAGACCGCCAAAGACGAUACCGUCGUCUGGUCGUACGACAACUCUAACAGUGAUCUCCCCUUCCCGCACACCCACCGGGAGACCUACGAAGAGACUACGACCGUCACCGCGACGAUCUCCAAGUCGGCUGAAGUCAAGAUCAGCCAAUCAUUCACCAUUGAGGCGAUUGCUAGUUCGAGCCUUGACAUCACCAUCAAAGCCGAUUCAACUAAUACGACAACCAAAGAGGAAAAAAGAUCGCAUGAGGAAAGCUGGAAUAUUACUAUCCCUCCUGGUUACAAAUUGGAGUUAAUCCGGACUAGGACUGAUUUUUCUUCCACCGCAGAGUAUGAAAUUGAUGUCGGAAUCAACGGAUUGAUUGGGACUCAGGGCGAGUUGUACAACGAACACUACUUCUGGGCAUACGAUAUCAAUCGGCUUCUGGGUUCCCCUCGUGGUUCGCUCAGGAUCCGUGGCACGUCUCGCAAGACGAGCUACACGUUCACCCAGAAGACUGAAUCGCCCAAAGGUGAAAUCCAUUUGUAUACGCUUGGGAUCCAGGAGGACGGCGACCAGCCCAGGGCUCUCAUACUCGCCGCGUCGGAGUAGAGGUAGAUUUCUUGAAGCUUCGUUUUGAAGGUUGAACGCAGUCUCUGUUCUCAAGGAUAUGAUGUGUUUCUGAUACGAUAUGAUUCCGCAUGUUGCGAUGUGUUCGGAUACAUUGUCGAUAGCUUCGAGAGAAUGUGUACAAUUUUUGAUGCCGG